CCGAGGGAGGCGCACGUGUUUUAAGUUUAGAAAAAUGGCGGGUAAAUCGAAUGGUAUGGACGUCAGUCAGGCCGAAUGGGUGCGCGCACCACCCCCCACUGGACCAUUGCUUCACAGAAUUGGAAAGGCCAUCUAUAAUCCUGAUGAGAAGAGUUUUUUGGGACGCACACCGAAACAGUGGGGAAUCGUGAUAACAUUCUAUCUGGUAUUCUACGCGGUGCUGGCGUUAAUGUUUGCUAUCUGCAUGGGGGGCCUGCUACUCAGCCUGAACAAGGACCGGCCUACCUACACACUGGAUCAGUCCCUCAUUGGUUCAAAUCCAGGUGUAACAGCGCGCCCUCUACCGGACACAGGUGAACUAAAGAUCGACCAUAGUGAUGCUAACUCAACCUACGUGUACGUUGACCAGCUGAACAACUUUUUUGCGCCAUACGUGACCGACCCGCUGUACGGGCAUGCGGAGUGUGUGCCCGCGGACAACUUCGGGUACCCAGACACUCCGUGCCUCUUCCUCAAAUUAAACAGGAUUAUCGACUGGGAGCCCCACUACUACGAUGCUGCCAGUCUGCCUGAGGACUUUCCUCACGAGCUGGUCGACCAUAUACAGAAACUGGCCACGCCGGCAGAACGUUCCCGGGUGUGGGCGUGGUGCUGGGACGAGAACCAACAAGUGGAACUGGAGUACCCGUGGGGACGCGCGCUACCCGCCUUCCAGCCCUACAAGGCUGGUGCUACGUAUAGGAACCCUAUACUAGCCGUCAGACUCAAACAAGUGACCAACAGCACGGUGAUCCGCUGCCGUCUUCUGGCCAAGAACAUCAUCUACAACAAGAGCUUGAAAGAACCAUCUGGUUACGCACGUGUGGCUAUAAAUGUUGUGAGCGAAACCACACCUAACGGUGAAAUCACAGAGAAGGUUUGAAUCUAUUAAUUUUUACCAGUCAACAUGUGAACUAAAUUACAGCAAUUGUGUGACCGCUAAGAAACUUAUCAUACCUUACUUAUAUAUUUAUAAAGGAGAGACAUUAUAUUAUUGUUUAUGAAUAAAUAAAUAAAAAAAGAUAAGCGGAACCCCACUGAAGUAGGUUGGUAAAUCAGGUUUUAGAUUACCUACUUUCCGUUCAAGUCAUCUAGGUAUAUUUGGCAUCAAUGCAUUCAGUAUGAUGCCCUAAAUACAAAUAUAUGAGAUGACAAGCGCGAAAAUGGUGGGGGUAGUAACUGUGAUGUCAUAAAGUCGUUUCUUUUUUUAAAUAUACCAUGUGGCAUAUCAAAUGAAAGAGCUUGUUGAGUAGAUUAUAAAUAUAUAACAUACUAUGUAUAAAACUUCACUACUUGGUCUAAUAAAUUAUUAGAAAACGUCCAGAAACUUCAAAAUGCAGUUGACUUUGAACUGCUCUAGAAUGAAAAUGACUGAAUGGAUUAUUCCGAAAUAGGUAUGCACAUAUGACAACUAAGUGACUGUGAACAUCCUCUAUGUAAUGUUGAGGAAUAAUUAACCAGAUAUAUCAAAAAAUAAGAAGGACAUUAAUUUGAAUAACAGUAUAAUUUCCUGUUACUAAAAUACAAUUUUUUUACCGAGUUCAAAACCCCCAUGGGAGAUGGGACUAACUACAAAAUUGCGAAAAAUAAUGUAAUGGACACCUUAGUAAAGUUAUGUAGACAAAACGUAUAUGCCCAAGAGUAUAUUUGUGUCUUUCCAUCACAGAAAGAUUCUUCUGCUUUAAGUGCAAUAAGUUUUUUUUUAUUUGAGACUAGCUUUUGCCCGCGACUUCGUCUGCGUGGAAUUAGUAAUUUGGGUACCUUAAUUCUUAUCUGCUUUUUAAUCCAUCCUUUUUUUACCCCCAAAUUGGUCCACACUAUACAUUUCCACCCCAUUUUUUACACCCUUAAGGGAUGAUUUCGUGGAUAAAAGUUAUUCUAUAUCCUUUCCCACAGCUCAAACUAUCCCCAUACCAAGUUUCAUCUAAAUCGGUUCAGCGGUUAUUGAUUCCCCAUACAAAUUUCCACCCCCCUUUUCACCCCCUUGAGGGGUGAAUUCUGGGAUAAAAAGUAUCCUAUGUCCUUCCCCGGGACUCAAACUAUCUGUAUACCAAAUUUCAUCUUAAUCGAUUCAGCGGUUUAAGCGUGAAGAGGGAACACACAGACAGACAGACAGACAGACAGACUUUCGCAUUUAAAAAUAAAUAAAUAAAUAUUAUACGGACAUUCAUACACAAAUUGGCUAAGUCCCACGGUAAGCUCAAGAAGGCUUGUGUUGUGGGUACUCAGACAACGAUAUAUAUAAUACUUAUACAAAUACUUAAAUACAUAGAAAACGUCCAUGACUCAGGAACAAAUAUCUGUGUUCAUCACACAAAUAAAUGCCCUUACCGGGAUUCGAACCCAGGACCAUCGGCUUCACAGGCAGGGUCACUACCCACUAGGCCAGACCGGUCGUCAUUUAUAAUAUUAGUAUGGAUUAGUAUGGAUUUUAACAGAAAUUCUAAUAGCACAUUAUUGCACAUGAAGCAUAAGCAUUAACUGAUGGAAAGCCACAUUUUUUUCGCGAUUUUUAUUCAGUACUAGCUUUUGCCCGCGACUUCGUCUGCGUGGACUUAGUAACCGCAGCUAGAAUAAGAAUAGCGCCUGGAAAAAUUCUCAUAGCAAUCUAAAUUUGUGCAUAUUAUGCACACAAUAAAUUAGCAGGCACUUCGUUAAUUAUCUCAAUUCCACCCCGCUUUUUACUUUCUUAAGGGAUGAUUUUUCGGGUAAAAACUAUCCUAUGUCCUUCUCAGGGACUCAACCUAUCCCUAUGCCAAAUUUCAUUUAAAUCGGUUCAGCGGUUUAAGCGUGAAGAGGGAACACACAGACAGACAGACAGACAGACUUUCGCAUUUAUAAUAUUAGUAUGGAUUAGUAUGGAUGACCAUCUUAUUACAUUUUUGCCAUGCCAUACAUGGGACCACGACUUUGAAAUCACGCAGUAUUAUGAAAUAGGGAUGUUUGCACCGUGCACGAAACAAAGCAAUAAGUAUUAGAAAAACAUGGCGGUUAUUUUUAAACACAAUUUCUAUUUAAUAAACCGGAUAGAAAUAUAAAAAGUAGGUGAGUUGAUCGUGACGUCACUAUACUCGUUUUCAUAUGGUUAAAUUCCAUAUUAGCAAUUCGUUUUGACAAAUCUAAAAAAGACGUAGGAAAGUAGCCUACCUAAACGAUUGUCUGAUAAGAGACAUUACGACACAAGUGCGAAAAGUAAGAAAUUCGCAACGAGUGGCGAUAAAUUAAAACACGAAGGGAGUGUUUUAAAUCGACACGAGUUGCGAAUUACCUAUUCGCACAUGUAUCGUACAACGUUUUGCAGUACAUAUGGCCAUAGAGUAACUUAUACUAGGGCGGUACUACUGUCAUAGUAAAUUUUGUAACCCCAGUAAAUUCACUGCCAUCUGUCGACACACUUUAAAACUAAAAAUGAGGAUUUAUAAAAAUACGAUAGAAUGUAUUUAAAUAUAGAUAAAUGAUUUUUUUUAUUUGCAUUAAUUAUUUUUAUGAUUUUGACCCAUGUUCUUUCACUGAUAUGCGUUAAAAUUGUUAAAUAACAAACGAAACCGUCAACGCCAUCUAUACGACUGUAGGCCAAAACUAGUAGCGCCCUCUGAACGAGAAUCAAAUUUUCUUGAUUUUCGAGGCACGUUUUUUCCUUAGACUGUAUCCAUCUAUUACGGAGUUAUAUCUAUCUUUGAUAUGGCCCUUUGAAUUUUCGGCAUAGUAACGUAAUGUGCUAAUUAUCGCACUAGUGUGGCAAUAAAUGACUGAAUACUAAAAGUAGCACCAUAUAUGUAUAAAAAUAUUAAUUAUGUACCUACUGUAAAAUAAUUUAUUGAUUUUGAAAAAGUACACGAUAAUUCUCCUGAAAGUAUAAACAUUUAUGGUUUACAAAUUUACAUGAAUUAAUGUAAGUGAUUUAUUUUAUAUUAUUAUAUUCCUUAGUAAUAAUGUGCCUGUCUUAGUACAAAGUUAUUUUGUAAUUAGUAAUUGUACAUAAUUAUAAGCUUAUUUUGUAAAAUAAACUUAUUAAAAUUA